AUGUCACACCAUGUUCCGAUUCUUCAGCUUCCACCACUCUCCUCGGUAACCCCAACAACCAAUCCACAUUCUUUCUCCCUCUCUUGCUUCCGCUUCACGGUCGGGUUCCAUUUCUCCGCCUCCUACGGAUGUGCACGCCAAACCACGCCAGUUCGGUCUAGUCACCAAGCGUCAUUGCAAGAGGAAGGAAAACCUAUUUCCCUUUACCUUCAACCUGUCUCAAGCGAAACCUACUUCGAUAGUCUCCUCGCCCACUCUCAAACGCUCCACCAAGCUGUCGUCGUCGUUUGGAUGGCAAGUUGGUGCAGAAAAUGUAUAUAUUUAAAACCAAAACUGGAAAAGUUGGCAGCAGACUAUCAUCCAAGAUUGCAGUUCUACAGUGUUGAUGUUAACACAGUUUCACACAAACUUGUUGCUCGUGCAGGUGUGACUUUGUGGAAAGACAGCAAGAAACUAGCCGAAGUUAUUGGUGGCCAUAAAGCAUAUAUAGUAAUAAAUGAGGUUCAGGAGAUGAUUGAGAAUCCGUCGCAAGUUUUAGAGCAGUAG